CGUCCGUCCUCUCAGGCGGCGCCAUUCCCGCCUCCGGCUCGUCUUGGCUGGGCUACGGAAGAAGGGCCGAGCCCGGCCGAGUGCUUUUCAUCAGGGGAAGGCUCCGACGGUUUCCGCGGCCAUCUGAGAUUAUAUUAACAACAAAUUUCAAAAGAAUGAAUCAAGGUCAUGAUAAAGUUUAGAAGACCAUCCUGUGAAAGCGAGCGUUUGAAGAGAAGUGUGUUGGACCUAGGCUUGUAAAGAAUGGAAGAAUACAAAGUGUUGAAAAUACUAGGAGAGGGAUCCUUUGGCCGAGCUCUCCUAGUUCAUCAUAGAAUCAGUGACCAGAAGUAUGCAAUGAAGGAAAUAAGGCUUCCCAUGUCUUCAUCUGAUGUAGAGAACUCUAGGAAGGAAGCAGUGCUUUUGGCUAAAAUGAAACAUCCAAAUAUCGUUGCCUAUAAAGAAUCAUUUGAAGCUGGUGGACAUCUGUAUAUAGUGAUGGAAUAUUGUGAUGAUGGAGAUCUAAUGCAAAAGAUAAAACACCAAAGAGGAAAUUUGUUCCCUGAAGAAAAGAUCCUUCAUUGGUUUGUGCAGAUGUGCCUGGGUGUGAAGCACAUUCAUGAUAAACGUGUGUUGCACAGGGAUAUCAAAUCCAAGAACAUCUUCCUCACUCAAAAUGGAAAAGUCAAAUUAGGAGAUUUUGGAUCUGCACGCCUUCUUGCACAUCCGGUGUCAUAUGCUUGCACAUAUGUGGGAACUCCUUAUUAUGUUCCUCCAGAAAUAUGGGAAAAUACACCAUACAACAACAAAAGUGAUAUAUGGUCUCUGGGAUGUAUUCUGUAUGAACUAUGCACUCUUAGACAUCCGUUUCAAGCCAACAGCUGGAAACAGCUCAUCCUUAAGAUAUGCAAAGGGUCCUAUAAUCCACUACCAUCUCAUUAUUCCUAUGAACUUCAUUAUUUAAUAAAACAGAUGUUUAAAAGAAAUCCCCAGAAUCGUCCAUCAGCCAGUACUAUUCUUGCAAGAGGUUCCCUAACCAAACUUAUAAAAAAUUGUUUGCCUUCUGAGAUGGCAAAUGAAUUUGACCAGGUAUUAAAGGAAACCAAGAAACUUGAAGGCAAUGCAGCAAGGCCAAAGGGUAAUGUCAUGGCUGCUGGAAGCUCAAAUAAUAAGAAAGAAAAUAGGCGAAGUAAAGAUGAAAGUAGCAAGCAUAGCCCCUUAGAAAGGAAAAAUAUUACUAAGGAUUUGAGUGAAGGCAUAAAGGAACAAAGGAAGUCCAAUGAAAAGGUAGAAACUUCUGAUGUCCUCCCAGGAAUUACUGAUGUGUCACAUCCCCACAGGAGGCAAUGGGAAAAGAAGAUAUCCAAUACUGUAGUGGAUAUCCUGGAAAAUGCAUCCUUGCUUUCCUCCAGUUUUACAUCGGAAGAGGCUAAAAGUGGCUGCAUUAUAAACUACAGUGAAAACAAGCCACGUAAGCAGUGGAACAAGGAAACUCCUCAGACCCUGAUGGACAUUCUCAGUAACGCAGAUGUCAGCUUAGCAUUUAAAACAUACACAAUUUAUAAACCAGCUUCUGAAAAUAUAUUAAAAGGUCCACUUUCUGAUGAAACUGAAGCAUCUGAUGAAGUAGACGGUGAACAUGAAGCUAUUGUCAUAGAUUCUGAGAGACUGGAGCCUAGAUCCGAUGACGAUGACACGGACUUUGAGGAAGAUGACCCAGACUGGGUGUCAGAACUGAAAAUGAUAUUGAAACACAGUGACUGAAAACUUGAAUUUACCUACAAUAACUGAGCAGCACAGAGGGACAGGGAAUGGGGCUGCGGUCAGUUCAUCACAUGCUGUCUCUGCCACUCCUUCUUCUUCAGAGGAGAACUCCUCACACUCUUCCCCUGCUCCAGAGUGGGGUCCCUCCCACGGAAGACAG